AUGGGGGGUAUCCUUGCUAAACUUGUAGAGGAUGAAGCCCAAAGUUUAGUGAACUUGGUGAAAAAUGAAGCUCAAUAUUUAUGUUGCUUCAAUAGUUAUGUUCAAGAAUAUGAGCAGGCAAAGGAAAGAUUGAAUGCAAAACUUGAAGAUGUAAGGAGAAUAAUUGAUCAAGCUAGUGGUGUUUCUCUUAUCACAUCUGUAGCCCUACAAUGGACACGUAAAGCUGAAGAACUCAUUGAUGUUGACACUAAGAAAGAGAAAUGUGACUUGUGUCGUAAUUGCUGGCAUCAAUAUCAGAAAGGCAAAGACUUGGCGAAGCGGACUCUAGAUAUUGACAAACUUCUAGAGGGAUGUAACUUUGACAUAGUAGCAAGUCCAAUUGAUCUUCCAGGUAUAAAGUACCAUUGCCUACCAAAUUUCAUGCAUUUUGAGAGUAGAAAGUCAACAUUUGAAGAACUUAAAAAGGCACUAGAAGAUGAAGAAAACAAUAUGAUUGGAUUGCAAGGCUUAGGGGGAACAGGCAAAACCUCAAUGGCAACAGAAGUAGGUGCUAAAUUAGAAGGAUCCAUAUUUGAAAAAGUCAUCUUUCUUGUUGUCUCUAAGCUUCCAGAUUUCAAAAAGUUGCAAGGUGAAAUUGCUAGGAAUUUGGGUUUGGAAUUCAAGGAUGAAGCGGAAGAAGUACUCCAUCACAAAAUAUUGACCAAAAUCAAAGCAUCAAAAGAAAAACUUCUUAUAGUACUAGAUGAUGUGUGGAUGGAGUUUGAUCCCACAAAGGAAUUGGGGAUUCCUCCUCAUCACCUGCACAAGGGUUGUACUAUAUUGAUAACGACCCGGAGCAAAGAGAUUUGUGCAAAAAUGGGAUGCCAAAGACAAGUUUGUCUAGAUAAAUUGACCCCCAAGGAAGCAUUGCCACUUUUCCUCAAGAAUACUAAUAGUUCCUCUAAUUUGCAGAGUUUAGCACAAAAAAUUGUGGAACAUUGCCGCGGAGUACCGGUUGUAAUUGUAGCUGUAGCAAGAUCAUUAAAAGAUCAACCUUCUAUAGUUUGGAAGGAAGCCUUGAGGAACUUGCAAAGUGGUGAGUCAAUAUUUAAUGUUUGUGAAGAAGAUUUGAAGAAGGUCUAUGAAGGUUUGAAGCUGAGCUAUGAUAAUUUGAAAAAUGAAAAAGCCAGAAAGCUCCUAUUGAUAUCUUCUCUAUUCCCUGAAGAUUCUAAUAUUCCUAUGGAUUUUUUAAUUAGAAUUGGUGUAGGAAUGGGCCCUUUUGGUGAGGAAGUUGAUGACUACAGCAAAAGAAGAAGAAAAGCACUUGAUGCUAUAGUGGAACUCCUAGGUUCUUCUUUAUUGUUGAAUGCGAAGAGGGAACGUGUAAAGAUGCAUGAUUUGGUUCAUGAAGUAGCCAUAUUGAUAGGAGAAAAGGAUAUUCAAUUUGUUAUUGAAUCUAAACAGCCUAAGAAGGGCUUGCAAUGUUUAUUUUGGGAAGGCAAUUGCUUUCCAAGACACUUUGAUGGUAGAAACCUUGAGGUUUUACUUUGGGUUCUAGAUAACUCAGAGGAUUUGGAAGUCCCUGAUACAUUCUUUACAGUGAUGAAAAAUCUCAAAGUUUGGUUUCUACGGAGUGAAGCUCUCUAUCGAACUUCAGCCCCAUCACUAUUUUUGUCAAUUCAGUCAUUACAAAAUAUUCGAACUCUCAGGAUAAAAAAUUUUGAAUUAUGCAAUAGCAUCUCUAUGUUGGGAAGGUUACCAAAUCUUGAGAGUCUAUGGUUUGAUGAUUGUUCAAUUAUUAAAUCACCUGGGGAAAAUUUUGAGUUAGAGAAGUUGAGAUUCUUAAGGAUAGAAAAUUGUGAAAUCAAUAUGAGCAAUCCUUUUGAACUGGUUGAAGCAUGCCCAAAGCUAGAGGAGUUGACUUUUUUGAGUAAUAAGUAUGAUGAGAAGGAAAUAGAAAAUACAAUUUCUCAUAAAGCAUCUUUUCAUAUGUUACCGAAGUUACAGAUAUAUCAAAUAUCUUGUGAUCGUCAGGGUGAAUUUUUAGAUUAUUUUGAGCGAUGUCGUUCCCUGUCAAGAUGCUUUAAGCCAAAGAAUUUAAGGCACGUCAUCUCUGAGGCAACAUUUUGGCAACUUGCUGAAACAGCUGAGCUUCUCAUAUUAGAGGGUCAUAGAGAAACAAAGCAGAAAAAUCUUAUCCCUGAUAUUGUUCUAGUAGACAACAAAGGCAUGACUGACUUGAUCAUUCUUAAAUUGGAUUCUUGGCCUGAAAUGCAAUGUCUCAUUGAUGCUGUGAACAAUCGCUUUGACGUGAAGAAUGCUUUUUCCAAUUUAGUUGGACUAUAUCUUUCUAAAAUGGGACUGAGCAAUAUAUUAUUUAGUGGCCACUAUAACCUGUGUCAUCUGAAGACCUUGAAACUGGACGAGUGUCCAAAGCUAACGUCAAUUUUCCUCCCAUCCACUGCUCAAAGUCUUUUGCAGUUAGAAGAGUUGAACAUUGACAGAUGUGAUGCAUUGAAAUGCAUUGUAGAAGAUAAGAGUUCAAGAGGGGAAAUAGCUUGUGAUGAUGGUGACAAUGAUCAAAAGAGCUAUGACACUUUGUUUCCAAAAUUUAAAAUUCUUGAAAUUGAUAGUUGUCACAAUUUAGAAAUAAUAUUGCCAAUCCUUCUUGGUGGAUGGCCUUUGGAAAGAAUAACCAUAUGGCGGUGCAAGAAGUUGAAAUAUAUAUUUGAUAAAUUCCAAGAGGUCAAUGUUAUGCUCCCCUCUCUGGAAAGAAUGACACUUGUUAGACUACCAAGUCUGGUUGGUGUUUUCAGGGAGUAUGAAAAAUCCAUCUCUUUGUCACCGCAACAGCCAGGACCGACACCUCCAAGCACCAAGACAUGCUCUUUCUCUUGGGCUCAAGUAUGUUGUUUUAAAUCAAAGGCCACACUUGAAGAGGCUGAUGGUGCUGUUUCUACAAGGACAUUGCUUGACGAAGAAAUCCCACAGGGAUUACUUGCAUCAAAGAAAUGGAUUGAUACUGCUCCUACACCUGGGAGACAACUAGCACUCCAUGUUGCUGGUCAUAUCAGGAAGAUGACACUUGCAUAUCUCUCUUCAAAUUCAGUAUCAACUUUGUUCACUUUAUCUAUGGCAUCAGCGAUAUCAUGGGAAGAAUUGACAAUCAGGGGUUAUUAUAGGCUGAAGCACUUGGUAACGAGCGAGGGGGAUGAUUAUAAAAAUGAAAUCAAUUGCAGUUCCAUUUUCCCAAAGUUACAGAAACUUGAAAUCUCAUCGUGCAAGGGCUUGGAAUUUUUAUUUCUGCCUGCAAUAUCUAUAGAAAUUAAGAAUUUAAAGUCCUUGACUAUUGAUGAUGCUCCUCAGCUAACAUAUGUUAUUGAGAAAUACCAGCAUCAGCAUCGUUUAUCCAAUCAAAAUCAGAAUGACGAGUGGCACUUCGAUCUCCCUGCUUUGGAGGUCCUCGAUUUACAGGAAGAAUUAGAUGCAUCCACCGAAGGAGUUCCUCCUUUCCUUGUAGCUCAAAGCCUUUUGGUGCAAUCAUCGAAGAAUUUAAGGAAAAUAAAACUUAAGGAAUGUGGGAACUUAAUAUCACUGUCAACUCUCUCCAUUGCGGCCUCAACAAUUUCGUUGGAAAGUUUGGGAAUCUGGGAAUGUCAUAAACUGAAGUGCAUCACAACACAUGAGGGAGAUGCUCAAGCUGAUAAUAAGAAUUAUUGUUCCAUUUUUCCAACACUAGAGAAACUGGAAAUCAAGGAUUGCAAGGAAUUGGAAUUUGUAUUUCAAUCAUCAAUAUCCGGCGGCCUUCAAAAAUUGAAGUCUUUGACUAUUUGGGAAGUUCCUGAACUAAAAUAUGUUGUUGGGAACUACCAGCAAGAUCAGCAAAAUGAAGAGCUGCAUUUCGAGCUCCUUGCUUUGGAGACCCUCUCCAUCAAAGAUGCGCCAAAGAUCAAAAGCAUUUGCGCCAAGAAUUAUAAGAUGGUGCUGUCAUCUCUUCAGAAUGUUGUGAUGGUGCAUUGCAGCAUUAAAUCUUUCGAUGAUUAUGACAUGGUGAAUUUGACGACUUCAGAGGAAUUAGAUGCAUCCACAGAAGGAGUUCCUCCUUUCCUUGUAGCUCAAAGCCUUUUGGUGCAAUCACUGAAGAAUUUAAGAGAAAUAAAACUUAAGGAAUGUGGGAACUUAAUAUCACUGUCAACUCUCUCCAUUGCGGCCUCAACAAUUUCGUUGGAAAGUUUGGGAAUCUGGGAAUGUCAUAAACUGAAGUGCAUCACAACACAUGAGGGAGAUGCUCAAGCUGAUAAUAAGAAUUAUUGUUCCAUUUUUCCAACACUAGAGAAACUGGAAAUCAAGGAUUGCAAGGAAUUGGAAUUUGUAUUUCAAUCAUCAAUAUCCGGCGGCCUUCAAAAAUUGAAGUCUUUGACUAUUUGGGAAGUUCCUGAACUAAAAUAUGUUGUUGGGAACUACCAGCAAGAUCAGCAAAAUGAAGAGCUGCAUUUCGAGCUCCCUGCUUUGGAGACCCUCUCCAUCAAAGAUGCGCCAAAGAUCAAAAGCAUUUGCGCCAAGAAUUAUGACAUGGCAGUGGAGAUGUGCGGUCAAACUCCAAAAACUCUAAUAGUUUGGAACUCCAAAAUAAAAGAAAUUGUUGAUUUGACACAUUUGAAGACAGAACAAAAUGGGGAUGGACUUGAACCAUUGACAUCAAGUUUCCAAAAGUUGAUGUUGCAAAAUCUAAGUGAGUUGGUGAAUAUAUGUGCGGGGCCUAAACAUAUCAUAUACUUCCAUAGUCUUCAGGAGCUAGCCAUUUGUAGAUGCAAAAAGCUUAGAGUUAUCUUCCCUCCAUGUAUGGUGAGAAGCCUACCAAUGUUGCAGAAGCUAGAUAUAUCAAAAUGUGAAGAAUUAGUAAGCAUUGUUGAAGAAGAUUAUGAAACAAAUGAUGAUGCUCAUUAUUUGUGCCAUGAACUAUGCUUUCCCAACUUAGAACAAGUCUCUGUGAAUGAUUGUGACAAAUUGAGGUACUUGUUCUCUAUCACUAUUUCUGGUAUCAUUCCAAAAUUAAGAUGUCUUCAGAUAGAAAAAGCCUAUGAGCUUGAGCAUGUACUAGUAAGGCAAGGUGAUAUGAAAGAGAUGGUCAUGAAGGAUGUGCUUCCACAGCUAACUCAUUUGAAACUGAUGGAUCUUCCCAACCUUGUUAGCAUCUGCCAUGGGAUAGAUUUUCAAAUUUUGAAAGUAGAUGAUGACACAAAAGUGUCUAAAUGUCCGAGCUUUUCUUUUUAUGAAAUUUCAACUAGCCAGCUUCAAGCAAACCUUGAAACAACACAUUCUCAAAUGGAAGAAAAAGUAGAGGAGAAGCUUUCUUCUCAUCUCAAUACCAAACAAUCUUUAAAUAUGGGAGAAGCAACACCACAAUCCCUCGUGAAGAAGGCGCCAAUUCAUGCAAGUCCCAACCUCACUGUUCUUCCUACAAGAGACAACACUCAUGCAAGUGCCGAAAUUUUUGAAGAGGGAGAGGGAGAGGAAGAUAACCCAGCUGUGCCACCUGAAACAAUUAUUUCAAACGAGCAAACUUCUAAGGCAAUCUUGCCAUUGAGUCCUAUGUCAACAAAAGCUUCAACAAGCCUCAAUCAAAGUCUUUCAACCGUUCUCCCCAAGCCUUCCAAUGGAAGAAAUCUUCAGAAUGACGUUGAAACCACUAACCAACAAACUUCUACAGUUACAGAUGAUGUUCAAGCUUCUCACAAAUCCCUUGGCCAUACUGCCGUCUCAAGUGGAAGUGGUAAUAUAAGAGUUGAUACAGAAACUACAACCACUCAAUUUUCUGAUGACUGUAAAAAUCAAGAUUAUUCUAAGGUGGCUUGA